AUGGGCGCCGCCACUCGCAAGCUCGUCAGGCGCCCGUCGCUCCUUGCCGCCGCGGCGUUGUGGACGGCGGCGACGGUCCAGCCCGCGUCUGCAGCGGCGGCGCUCCCCGGCGGAGGUGCGCCACCGUCGUCGUCACCGUCGACGGCGAGCAAGAAGAUACCAGUGGAAGGGGGAGGGCCGCACGAGGAGUACGUGCCGGCGGCGGAGGUGGCGUCGGCGCUGCCGGUGCCGAUCCCCGACGGGAACCCCGUGGAGGGCGCGUUCGCCGGGGGCGGGCUCGGCGGCAACCAGGCGUUCUUCCCGGGCAGCAGCGGGUACGGCACGGCGGCGGGCCUCGGCGCCGGCGGGUUCGGGCCGUACGGCUACGGCGGCGGGCCGGGAGGGCUCGGGCCAGGGACGUACGGAUACAACGGGCCACUGUACUUCAACUCAGCGACGAGGAGAGGCGGCUCGCCGGCGGCGGCCGGAUCAUGCGCCGCCGUGCUGCUUCUCCUGUCGGCGGCCGUGCAUAUUAUAAUAUAACCUCAUAAUUAAUCCUUAAUUAAUUAAGCUUAUGUCCUUCCUACCAGCAGGAGCAGUAAAGUUACAUUCGUAUUAAUGUUACCUGCCUACAAAAUAAUAUAUGUA